ACGGACAUGGCUCAUGGAAAUUGUGCAUGUGGAAUCCCUUUGAAGAUGCUGACAUCAUGGACUGAUGACAAUCCUGGAAGACGGUUCAUUACUUGCUCAACAUUAAAGGGAAAGGGAGGAUGUAAAAUGUUUGAAUGGAUUGAUCCAGAAAUGUGUCCACGGUCGAAGAUGAUUAUCCCAGGUCUGCUGAGGAAAAUAAACAAGCUACAAGUUGAACUUGAGGAGAAAAAUGCAAUGCCCAAGAAGAAGAAGAAAUGGACUGUCUUAUGGUGUGUUGUGGGAGGAAUGAUGCUACUAGGUUCAUGGAUUGUUUGUUUUGACAUUGGAAGCAAAAAUAAGUUAGGUUGGGACUAUUGCGAGGCUCUAAUGAUCUAAAUGUGUAGUUCAAUGUAGGCUCGAAUAAGUAAUAAGAAUAAUAAGACUUCUGAGGUUCUUCGUCAACCAUUUCCCUCAGCAAUCUCCCGCCAAGCAUUUGAACAUCUAUUCUUUCCCCCACAGGAUGAACUUGACUACUUCUCAUCACCAUUGUUACUCACAGCCACCACUAACAUGCUCUCAGGGCCACAGCACAACUCUGAUCCUCCCCACGGAGGAAGGCGGAUCCAUCUGUCUUCUGUGCUUCUCGAACCUUGUAUCCAAUCCCAGAUCGCCAACCGUCCACGUGUCUUACGCACUCUCCCAGCUCUCUAUCGCCAUCACCCAGCCACAAUUCCGCCAGACCUUCUUCAAUUUCCACUCUCAUUUCCUCAUCUCGCCUCUCGUCGCUGCCCUCUCCUCUUUCGAAGAUGAUCCUAUCGCUCAGCAGACGGUGGAUUUGAUCGUGCAGAUUUGUGCUGCGGCCAACUUCGAGGUCUUUCAGGAGUUCGUGGCUCGGCUCUCUGACAGGCUAUCGAGUGGAUCUCUUGCAUGGAGUCGGCGCCAGCGCUACACUGUACGUAUACUCUUUUGAUGAUUAAUUUCUGGACCCCCCACUGCUGUUUACUUGAGGAAUUGAGAGCUUCACUGUUUAGGUGUGCUUUUGAACUAUCAGAAAACUGAAACUUGUGCUUCCAUUAAAGAUGCGGAUUCCCUCAUUUUCAACCUUGUCAAUGGUCUUCAAUUAUCUAGUGAGGAGGUUCAAGCAGAGAUCCUGUUUGUCCUGUACAAAAUAUUUCUUCUCCUGCAAUCUCAUAUAGACAAUAACUUUACCGACAGUGUAUUCCUUCACUGUCCCAAGCUAGUCCAAUUAUCCCUGGAGGUUCUCCUGAAAGCUGAAAGGGAUGAUCUACGUUUGAACUGUGUAGCACUUCUGACAGUAUUGGCCAAGAAAGGCUUGUUCCAGACUAUAUCCAUCAAUGAUGCAAGGAGGAACAUUUCCUCUGCUCAAAAUUUGAUGCUAACAUCAGAACAUACAAUCGUCAAUCCUCCUCUAGUUAACCUGUUUGCUGAGGCUGUCAAAGGUCCCCUGCUUUCUUCAGAUAAUCAAGUGCAAGUUGUAACACUGGACUUGCUCUAUCUUUUUCUCUCAUGGGAAGAAGUCUCGGGGAAAGAAAUUGAAGUGUUUGUGGAGCAAAACAUUGCAGAUUAUGCAUUUGAAAUAUUGAGGUUGUCCGUUGAGUCAUCCCAAAUGAAAGAGUGCAAAGGUCCUCUGAUUAAUGGUUGCAUUCAGGUUCUGGAUGUUUUAUCUACUGCUGAGAAAACAUUUCUUCAAAGAUUAGCCACUGGAUUGACAACCCUGGUUGCCAUUCUUCAACAUGUUGGUGAUGUACCUUUUCACCCUGUUCAAACUGAGACACUAAAGCUCAUAUGGAGUUGUGUAACAAACUGGCCAGGGAUAGUAUCCAAAUCUCACUUUGAAGAAAUAAGCUUGACCUUGAGCAGGAUGUUAAAAAAAAAUAUUGACGGGGAUGCUGGAAUGUUACCCAGGACACUUGCUUUGGUUUGUUCAAUACUUGUUGCUCUUAUGAAAUGUUCAGCUACCCAGGAGAUUUCAAGUUUCCUCAUAUCAAUUCAAGAUGCACCAAGAAAUGCUGUUUUAACGAGUUUAAGCCAUUAUGAUAAACAACCAAGUCAAUUGUUGCACUCCCUUUACCUGCUGAAAGAGGCAUACGCUUACAGUCAUGGGGAAAAACUGACAGGCUCCAUAUGCACAGAACUAAGAGGGGGGAUCAUCGAUGUAUGUAAAACACACAUACUGCCCUGGUUUAUGAGGGCCCUUAAUGACAUUGAGGAUGAGGACAUUGCAUUGGCAGUUUUUGAAACUUUUCAUGCAAUACUGCUGCAAGACUAUAAUACGGGAACCAAGACAUUUGCAAAUAUUCUGCUCUCAUCUUCCUGGUUCAGUUUUUCAUUUGGUGCAUUAGGCUUAUUUCCGACAGAAAAAAUGAAACUGAGGGUUUAUUUUUUGUUCAGCUCAUUGUCUGAGGCUCUUAUAGGAGAUGAUGAUUCUGGUAAAUGUAUUAGGGAUGCUGCCCCUCAUUUACCAUCUGACCCAGUGAAUUUGUUCUUCCUUAUUGGCCAGAAAAGCUCCCAAAAUCAUGAGCUGUCUUCAUGCCAAUAUGCUGUGCUGAUUUUAUUGCACAUUAGCUCUUUCAAUGAUGAUAGGAUUGCUGAUGAUAAGCUUGUCUUAGCUUCGCUGGAACAAUUUAUCAUACUCAAUAGCAAUGAAUGUUUGUAUGGACCUUUUUUUCCCGGGAUGUUGAAACUACUUGUAAAUCUCUACGCACUGUAUAGGGCUCUAGCCAAAAUCAGCUACCAAAUUUCUUACAGCCUAGAGGCUGAGAGGAUCAUGUUUCAUCUAUUAGCUGAAAAGAAUUGGAAUUUGCUGACCACAAAAAUCAACCCGACGUCUUUGAAAUGGAUGUUCCAACAAGAGAGAAUUUGCAAACUGUUGUCUCUCCAGAUUCUGAAUUUUUUCAGAUCAUACGACAACUUGAAAGGACAGCAAAAUGUAGAUUUACAUGCUAUAGCAGAUCUUAUAGCAUCUGGGGAUAACUUUGCUGGAAUACUCUUUGUUAGUGUCUUAGAAGAGUUGGCAGAUGAAUUUGACAAAGAGAUUGACUCUGGUCUGGGUUUAAGAGCAGUACAAGACAUAAUUGAAAUAGCGCCGCCUGCUUCAGAUCAGUUAUGUUUGCAUGGGAUAUCGUCUGCAAUUCAGAAGUUUUAUCAUCAGUCCAGAUAUUCUUUUUGUCCAGAUGUGUUCAUUUCUAUUUCAGAACUAACUUUUAUGAUUCUACAAGCAGUACAGUCCGAGUCAAUUUCUGAAGAGGAUAAAUGGGUUGGCAUAGUAGUGAAGUUGUUGGAUUUCCUCAUACCAUCUGUAACUGCUGAUGGAUGGAGCACGGAAACUCUCAUAAUAAUUGGAAUUUUUUCAAUGAUUCUACAUCAUUCUAUAAAUCAGAAACUGGUUGAAGCUUCAAAAAGCAUACUCUUGAGUGCCCCAUUGGUACAAAUGCUCAGCAACACAAUUACUGAAGCAUGCCGUAAGGGACCUGCUCUACUCGACCAUGAUCAAGCUACAGAGAUCGGGGAAGUUCUAAUUUCUGUGCUUGCAUUAUUAUUCUUCGCAUUUAAAAGGGAUUGUGGACUGCUGGCAUCUUCUUGAUGAGAGUGAGUGCAGCCUGAAACAGCCUCUACCCUAUAUAAGUAUAAAGUGCCGUGACUUGUGCAAGUUGAUUCAUUUUGGCUCCUCUAGAGUAAAACUGGUUGCCUCAUAUAACCUCCUGGAGAUUUUUAACAGUCUAUCAUCAGAAACAUAUGUAACAAAACCAGAUAAGAUAAACUUAGAAAAAGCUUUUUUCUUGUCUGUGAUUGCCAUACUAAAAGGCCUGAUCUUCUGUAGCGACAUUGGAGUUUCUAUGAAUUGCUCCCUUUCUUUGUCAAUGAUCAUUGGGUGGCAAGGUAUGCAGACACAGGUAUUAGCAAUUGAAAGGGACAGUUGGUUUCGGCUGAUCAUGGAAGAAUUGGCUAUGUCUUUGGCUUUUCCGCGUUUGGCAUCAAAGUCCUUCACGGCCUACCACAAGCCAGCGAUUCAUGUAGCCGUUGCAUUGCUGAGGAUGAAGCAAACUCCUCCAUGGAUCACUUCAGUGUUUGAUGAAUCUUGUAUUCAGGGCAUCAUACAUAACAUUUCGGUAUCUAAUUUGAGCUCUGAACUGGUUCUUUUUUUUCGAGAACUGCUUAGCGCUGGAUAUUUGAAGGAUGGACAGAUCUCAUUCUUAAAUCGCAUAUUCCAGGACUGUAGAAGAGGUAUUUACAGAGACAAAGUUCAAGAUGUUAGGAAAAAGCACGCACACAAUAAUAGCGCUGCAGCUAUUCAAUGUGAUUUAAGAAAAGCAAGUGAGUUUUUCAUUAAUCUCAUGGAAUCACAUUCGUCCGUUACUUUUUUGCCUUGUGCACGUCAAAGUGAAAACAGGAGAUUGUUGGAAGAAAUAGAAGCGUUUUCGAAGUGUCUAAUGGUAGAUGAUUAAGGCCGCUUAUAGAUUUUGUAUAAAUUUUUAACGUUAUCUCUUUUUCAUCUUCUCACGUCAUAUUUUAACUAGAAAGUAGUUAUUUCAGAUUUUUGAACAUUUUACUGAAUGAAUGCGAAUUCUUAUCUCUGUUGAGGAUAUGUUUGGUGUUAGAAUUAUACUUCUGCUUCUCAUUUCAA